CUUUUUUAUUUUCCGAUCGGCGUCGUCAUCGCGAUUCUCGGUCUUACCAUUGGAAUACUCGAAGUUCCGAUCGCAGCUUCUCUUGCUUCUGCUUUCAAUUUGCAUUUUCCCUCAGGGUUCAUAUAAUACAGAAGUGUCAUAAAAGUGAUUUAUUUGAACUGACAAUUAAAGGAGGAAUAAAGAAGGAACCAUGAUUAGUGGUGGAUGGUGCGAUUGUACGGCGAGAGUCUGUCAUAAGUUACGUGGUUGUUUCCUUUUGUGGUAGUUACUAAGACAAGGUGAAAAAGAAGAAGGAAUAAGGGUAGAAUGUAUGUGCAGGCACAUAUGUCAGGACAGUUACCAGGACAGGUGCCUAAUCAGCGGGGUUUGCCGCAGCAAAAUGGGAACUCUUUCCAACCUGCCCAGAUGCAGAAUUUAGGCGUUGCAGGAGGUGUGGGUGCUGGUGGUGUUGUUGGCACUGGAGGUCCUCCGCAUAAUACGUUGAAUAUGGACCCUGAACUUAUCAGAACACGUGAAUUUAUGCGAGGAAAGAUCAUUGAGGUUUUGAAAUUGCGCAACCAGCACCCUAUCACUGAGGCAUCAAUGAUCAAGUUUCGGGAUUUUGCAAAACGGUUGGAAGAAGGUCUAUUUAGGAUUGCUCAUACAAAGGAGGACUAUAUAAACUUAAGUACUUUGGAACACCGUUUACAGACUCUGAUAAAGGGGAGCAGAAAUGUGCACAACCAACGACAUCCGCAGCUAGUUAAUUCGGCAUCAGCACCAGUUGGUACAAUGAUACCGACCCCUGGUAUGUCACUCAGUGGCAAUGCUAGCGUGAUAGUUACAUCUUCUAUUGAUACUUCUAUGAAUGCCGCCAAUGCAAGCUUAGCACCUACAACUGUCAAUACAGGAAACCUGUUGCCAACCGGUGGCAUUAAUAGUGGUUUCUUCAGUAGAUCUGAAGGAAAUAUAUCUAAUGGAUAUCUACAGUCACCUGCAAAUUUUCCUAUUGCUUCAGGUGGAAUGUCAUCAAUUGGUGUGCCAAGAAUGACAAGCCAAAUGAUUCCCACUCCUGGAUUUAAUGGUAAUAACAAUAACAGUAGCAUUGAUAAUCAGUCUUACAUGAAUAAUCAGUCUUCCAAUAUUGUUGGUGGGCUUUCAACUGUUGAGUCAACGAUGGUAACACAGCCACAGCAGCAAAAGCAGCAUAUUGGUGGUCAAAACAAUCGUAUUUUGCACACCCUUGGCAGCCAAAUGGGUAGUGGCGUCAGGUCUGGUUUGCAGCAGAAAACUUUUGGGUUUCCUAAUGGGUCCCUAAAUGGUGCAUUGGGGAUGAUGGGCAACAAUAUGCAAAUUGUUAAUGAUCCAGGGACUUCUGGGGGAUAUCAGACUGUCUCAUCGUUUGCUAAUUCGUCAAAACCUUUGCAACAACACUUCGACCAACAUCAGUCUGACCAACAUCAGCGGCCCCUGAUGCAAGGUGAUGGAUAUGGAAUGAACAAUGCUGAUUCUUUUGGGUCUGGAAAUUUGUAUAGUGCUGUAACAUCUGUUGGAUCAGUGACAAACUCACAGAUUUUGAAUCCAGUUAAUUUUCAAGCCAUUUCCAGAACAAAUUCUUCUUUGAUAAGUAAUCCAUCACAUUUACAUGGUGUACAAUCAGCUGCCCAUAUGAAGCCCCAGUCUAUGGAUCAGUUUGAAAAGAAGAAUUUCCAACCUCCAGGUUCUUCAAGAGACAAUUUCCUUCAGGCUAAUCAACAGCAACAAUUUCAGCAUCAGCCCCAUCUCCAGCAACGGCAAUGCCACCUGAAGCAGCAUAAUCAGCAGCAUCAGAAUUUGCUGAGCAAUAGUGGUUAUAGUCAAUCUCAGCUGGCAUCUGAUAUAGGCUGUCAAGUGAAGUGUGAACCUGGAGUGGAACACCGUCAUGAGGUUCUACAUCAACAAGCUCCUGAACAAUUUCAACUUCCUGAAUUGCAGAAUCAAUUCCAGCAGAACCAUGCUGAAGAGCUCUCUAGUCAGCAGGAUAUGCUUUCAUCACUGCCACAAAAUUCUCAACAAAUACAACAGAUGUUUCAUCAAGAUCAAUUGAUUCCAGAGUUUCAUAAUGGUUAUAAGCUUUCGGCUGAAGCACUGCCAGAAUCAGUUGUGCAGAGCCAGUGGCACCCUCACUCUCAAGAGCGGGCUCAAAUUCUAGGGAACAUGUCACAUGAGCAGCAUGUCCAAGAGGAUUUCCGCCAGAGAAUAUCUGGGCAGGAUGAAGCUCAACGUAGCAAUUUAUCUACAGAUGGGUCUACUAUCAGUCCAAUAGUUGUUCCUAGAAGCUCAUCAGAUCCUCCAAAUUCAAGGGGUGCCAUCUCUAGAUCUGGAAAUGGGAGCCAUGAUCGGCAGUUUAGAAAUCAAGUGAGGUGGCUUUUGUUUCUGCGCCAUGCUCGUAGAUGUAAAGCCCCUGAGGGUAAGUGUGAUGGCUAUUGCUUUACUGUCCGAAAGUUGUUGAGUCAUAUGGAUAUAUGUGAAUCAUCUCAAUGCUCAUAUCCUCGUUGCCAUCACUCCAAGAUAUUGAUUCGUCAUCACAAGACUUGUGCAAAUGCAGCAUGCCCUGUCUGUGUUCCUGUUAAUAAUUAUGUAAAGGCUCAGAAGGCAAGUGCCCGGCUAAACUCUACUUCUGUUUUGCCAUCAUCGGAUGGUGGAUCUACUAAAACAUAUGAUGCUGGAGACAUUUCAGCUAGAGUGACUUCUACUGCUACAUCAAUUGAUACUUCUUUAGACAUACAGCCUUCACUAAAACGCAUGAAGAUAGAGCAGUCUUCGCAGUCUGUUAUAGCCGAAAGUGAAGGUUCUGUGGUAUCAGGUUCUACUGUGGUUGAACAUCACAUAUCUCAGGAUAUACAGUGCCAAGAUUACCAGCAAAGUGGCAUGUCUAUGCCAGUUAAAUAUGAGCCUAUGGAAGUAAAGAUGGAAGUCCCCAUGAGUUCUUCUAAAGGUAGUCCUGCUAUUAUUGAGAUGGAGAUUGUUGUAGAUAACAUUUGCAAACAGAAGACUGAUUGUAAACCUAUUGCUUGUGAUGAAUAUGGUGGUCUAACUAAGCAAGAAAAUGCCAAGAUUGAGAAGGAGCCUGACUCAGUUAAACAAGAAAAUGUGACACAGCCUUCUGAAAGUGCAGCUGGAACUAAGUCUGGGAAACCCAAAAUAAAGGGGGUGUCACUGACCGAACUGUUCACCCCUGAGCAAGUGAGGGAGCAUAUUACAGGUCUCAGACAAUGGGUUGGCCAGAGUAAGGCAAGGGCUGAAAAGAAUCAAGCAAUGGAGCACUCAAUGAGUGAGAACUCCUGUCAGUUAUGUGCAGUUGAGAAGCUUAUUUUUGAACCACCACCUAUUUAUUGCAGCCCUUGUGGUGCUCGCAUUAAGCGAAAUGCGAUGUACUACACAAUGGGAGCGGGUGAUACACGACAUUACUUUUGUAUUCCAUGCCAUAAUGAGGCUCGUGGAGAUAUCAUUGUUGUUGAUGGAACUGCCAUUCCAAAGGCAAGGCUUGAGAAGAAGAAGAAUGAUGAAGAGGCUGAAGAAUGGUGGGUUCAAUGUGACAAGUGUGAGGCUUGGCAGCAUCAAAUUUGUGCUUUAUUUAAUGGUAGAAGGAAUGAAGGUGGGCAAGCUGAAUAUACAUGCCCCAAUUGCUAUAUUACUGAGAUUGAAAGAGGAGAGCGCAAGCCCUUACCACAGAGUGCUGUCCUUGGGGCCAAAGAUUUGCCAAGAACAAUCCUUAGUGACCACAUAGAGCAGCGGUUAUUUAGGAAACUGAAACAGGAAAGACAAGAGAGGGCAAGGGUUCAAGGAAAAAGUUAUGAUGAGGUUCCUGGGGCUGAGGCACUUGUAAUUAGAGUUGUUUCAUCAGUUGACAAAAAGCUGGAAGUGAAGCAGCGGUUUCUUGAAAUUUUUCAAGAAGAGAAUUAUCCACUAGAAUUUCCAUAUAAAUCAAAGGUAAUUUUAUUGUUUCAGAAGAUAGAAGGGGUAGAAGUAUGCUUGUUUGGCAUGUAUGUUCAAGAAUUUGGAGCAGAAUGUGCAUUCCCAAAUCAGCGCCGUGUUUAUCUGUCAUACUUAGAUUCUGUCAAGUAUUUCCGGCCUGAGGUUAAAGCAGUUACUGGAGAGGCUCUCCGUACGUUUGUUUACCAUGAAAUUCUUAUUGGAUACCUUGAAUAUUGCAAGAAGCGUGGUUUUACAAGUUGCUAUAUAUGGGCUUGCCCUCCACUAAAGGGUGAAGAUUAUAUCUUAUAUUGUCAUCCAGAAAUUCAGAAAACACCUAAAUCAGAUAAACUGCGAGAAUGGUAUUUAUCAAUGUUAAGGAAAGCUGCCAAGGAAAGUGUUGUAGUUGAUCUUACUAAUUUAUACGAUCAUUUCUUUGUAUCUACUGGUGAAUGUAAGGCCAAGGUAACAGCAGCUAGGCUGCCAUAUUUUGAUGGUGAUUACUGGCCUGGGGCUGCUGAAGAUCUAAUUAAUCAGCUUCGUCAAGAAGAAGAGGGCAGAAAGCUGAACAAAAAAGGAACAACCAAAAAGACCAUAACAAAAAGGGCUUUAAAAGCAUCUGGUCAGUCUGAUCUCUCUGCUAAUGCAUCAAGGGAUCUGCUACUGAUGCAUAAACUUGGUGAGACCAUUUGCCCAAUGAAGGAGGAUUUUAUCAUGGUUCACUUGCAACAUUGUUGCACUCAUUGUUGUAUUCUAAUGGUAUCUGGAACUCGUUGGGUCUGCAACCAGUGCAAAAACUUUCAGAUUUGUGAUACGUGCUAUGAAACAGAGCAGAAACGUGAAGAAAGAGAGAGACAUCCCAUCAAUCAGAGGGAAAAACAUGUACUAUAUCCAGUUGAAAUUACUGAUGUGCCUACUGAUACAAAGGAUCAAGAUGAAAUUCUUGAGAGUGAAUUCUUUGACACUAGGCAGGCAUUUUUGAGUCUUUGUCAAGGGAAUCAUUAUCAGUAUGAUACCCUAAGGCGAGCUAAACAUUCAUCGAUGAUGGUCCUCUACCAUCUUCACAAUCCAACUGCUCCUGCAUUUGUCACAACCUGUAACAUAUGUCAUCUGGACAUUGAAACUGGUCAAGGUUGGCGCUGUGAAGUUUGCCCUGAUUUUGAUGUGUGCAAUGCAUGUUACCAAAAGGAUGGGGGCAUUGAUCAUGCUCAUAAAUUAACAAAUCAUCCAUCCACUGCUGAACGUGAUGCACAGAAUAAAGAAGCUAGGCAACUGCGGGUUCUGCAGCUGAGGAAAAUGCUUGACCUUUUGGUGCAUGCAUCACAAUGUCGGUCUGCUCAUUGCCAAUACCCAAAUUGUCGGAAAGUGAAGGGGCUCUUCCGCCAUGGAAUACAAUGCAAAACACGUGCUUCUGGUGGCUGUGUACUUUGUAAGAAAAUGUGGUAUCUGCUGCAACUUCAUGCUCGAGCAUGCAAAGAAUCUGAAUGCCAUGUACCACGAUGCAGAGAUCUUAAGGAACAUUUGAGGAGGCUUCAACAGCAGUCUGAUUCGCGGCGUAGGGCUGCAGUGAUGGAGAUGAUGAGACAGAGAGCUGCAGAGGUUACUGGUAAUUCUGGUUAAAACCAAUUGUAAAUAUAGAUUUGGAUGUUUUGAUGAAAAUUGUUCCCUUCUAUGAAGAGAGGUGGAAAAUAGUUUUCGUGCUGCUCCACUGGUUUACUGCUUGGAACUAGGCAGUAUUGGGGGAAACAGGCGGAUCUAGUAAGGUCGGAAGGGGAUAGGCAUGCAAUACUACAAACAGAUUGAUUAGUCAUCGCUUGUUAGGGAACAAUUCUUUCAUUCAUAAACCCGUUACCGAAUUCCCUACAAAGAAAGCAAGUGAAGUUUUAAGAGAUCUGCCUGCAACAGUCGCUAACUAUGCCCCUCGAAGUUCAAGGACUGGUGUGUUAGUGGCCUGAUUUGGUGAUUCUUUAAUUUUUAUCUUGUAUUCUGUGGAAUGUCAUCCCUUGGUGGCGAGUUUACUAUAAUUGUUCUAAUCUGCCAAAAUUGCUUUCUUACAGAGGAUUGUGGGAGGGAUGUUAGUUUCAAAAUAUUUUGUUCUAGUCUUUUUACCCCUUUCUUCUUUUCGGGUCUCUUUUUUUUUUCCCUUCGAACAUUGAACCCCUUUUUGUAGAAUGGCUUCUUAUUUAAAGAUGGAAAAAUAAGUAGCAUUGGGGAACUUCAGCAAUUCAUUUUUAAUCAAUACUGUGAAAUUAUGUGUAUAUAAUUCAGUGAGGGUCUAUUUAUUUUUAACUCUUAUUGCUAUUGUUUUUACUUUCAAGGGAUUUUAUAGUGAUUUUUCUCCCAAUAUUAGCAAAAUUCGGUCUGAAUUUGUCCUUGUGCAAGUGAAUCGCUUAGAUAAUAUCUGAAUUUCGGUGUUCUUUGUAGUAUUUUUAGCAACAAGAUGAAACAUGUUUUGAAAAUUGAACUUUGUUUAGAGGGUAGGUAUAAUUGGGGAAUAAGCUGCCGCUUAGUCUUUGGAUAAAAA